AUGAAGACCUGCCUGGUGCCCGGGCUGGCCCUCUGCCUCCUGCUGGGGCCUCUGGCGGGGGCCAAGCCGGUGCCGGAGGAAGGAGACCCCUACGCGGAGCUGCCGGCCAUGCCCUACUGGCCUUUCUCCACGUCCGACUUCUGGAACUACGUGCAGCACUUCCAGGCCCUGGGGGCCUACCCCCAGCUGGAGGACAUGGCCCGCACCUUCUUCGCCCACUUCCCGCUGGGGACCACCCUGGGCUUCCACGUCCCCUACAGGGAGGAGUGA